AAAGUAGAGUUUUAUUUGCAAUUAAACAAAAUGUUAGGAUUUUAUAUGCAAUUAACCCAAAAUAAUAUUCCUCACCCAAAAAUCCCAAAUCCCGCUCCCAUGGCCCAAGUCCCAACCAAACCCAAAAUUUCCAAACCCAAAUAGCAACGCCAAACUGAGAGACCGGAGUGACGAUUGAAUUUUUGAUUCCACUGAUUCAUAAAUUUCACACCUCAGUUCUCAAUUCGCGACUGUUCACUGAUCAUCUCGCGCGCGAUUGUUCAUUCACAAAGCCGAGCUCGAAGGUAGGGGUCGUGGGGCUGGUACUGGUAGUCGCAAUUCGUCAACUGGAGCCGCGAUUACCCUUUCGCUUCUGUCACUCAUCGGAGUCUCUUUUGUCAGUCGAGUCGGCUGAUUUGUAAUGGGCUUGGCGCCCACUGGGCUGCAGUAAGUGUUGGAGGCCCACUGCACUCAUUCUUGCUACGUCAGUUUUUUUGGUUCUACAAUGCCGUGGAUAGCAUUAAUCUUAUCAGUGCUGGUGAUCUGGUUUGCUUCUCUCUGUAAAAUCCUCCAUGGAUCUUCAUCUGCCAUGAAAGCGGCAUUCUUAACUGAAGGGAGCUGUCGAAGGAGAAAUGUGUUGCUGGUUAUUGCCCAUCCAGAUGAUGAGUCCAUGUUCUUUGCUCCUGUUAUUAACUACCUGAUUCAAAGAGGGCAUAAUCUGCACAUUUUGUGCAUAUCAACAGGCAAUGCAGAUGGCAUGGGUAGUACUAGAAAAGAAGAGCUUUACCUUGCUUCUGCUGUUCUCAAGAUUCCAGCACAACAAGUAAACAUUCUGGACCAUCCAGAUUUGCAGGAUGGCUUUGGCAAAGCGUGGGACUGGGAUUUACUAGCAAGCGUGAUUGAUAAUGAAGCACGUACCUAUUCCAUUGACUUGAUCAUUACUUUUGAUGAUUAUGGUAUCUCGGGACAUUGCAACCACCGUGACGUACAUCACGGAGUAAGAAAGGUAAUGGGUGAUAGUUCAGGCAGAAAUCUUGAAGCAUGGGAGCUUGUAAGCACCAACAUAAUACGCAAAUACAUUGGACCAGUAGAUAUUUGGCUAUCCAUCUUAUUUUCCAGAUGCCAAGUAAACGGACAAUCACAUUGCUUGGUGAACUCAGAUCCUCGAAAAAGUUAUGGUGCAAUGGCUCAGCAUUCUAGCCAAUGGGGAUUGACAUUUCAGUAUAGGACUGAGUGCCGUGUUCUUUUGUCGCAACUCGACUGUUGGUGCUGCCUUGCUGCUUGGGUUCUUUGAAACAGGCUGAGCUUGUUUGUUUACGCAGUUCAAAUGUGAUGGGGUGAUGAAUUUUUAAUUAAAACAUAUAUUUUUCAUACGUAUUUACGGGAGUGUUUGUGCACGUAUUGUAAUUUUUAGUUCCAUUUUUUCAUUAUCCACAACUUGAUUUUUAAAAUUGAAGAGUCUGACUUCUGGUUCUGGAUCAAUGUAUGAGCAGCAGCCAGUAGAAAAUAAAUUCCACGACUCUAUGAGGUAGUAGAAUAUGGUUGAGUUCUGCUGUUGCUGGCCAUUGCAUAGUUAUUUCAAUUGAGUACUCCUCUGGAAUAGAUUAAAGCUUGAAC